AUGACGCUGAAGCUGCUCCUGUUGCCCCUGUUCCUCGCCCUGGCCUGCGGAGAGCCAGAAUACAUCGAGACUCCAGGAGCCUACAACAGGACAAGACCAGGAGACAGCAUGCCCGUGGGUAGCAAGUUGGGCUUUGGCUGCUUGUACCCGAUCUCGUCACCGGUGCACGGCCCGGUGGCGUACCACAACAACCGGCUGGUUUUCGAGCGGUCCGUGGUGCCCCAUGGCGGACUGGUGCGGUUCCACUGUCCCAUGCAGCGCUUCCACAAGUUGGCCGGUGCCCCAGUGGUGCAGUGUAUAGACGGAACCUUCAACGAGUCCCUACCUACCUGCGACAAGGCGCUCUUUGAACAGCGUCUGGUGGCGUACGUCGAGGCGGACUACGUGCUUGCGCCAGGGGGCGUCUUCGUUGUGCCUCCGAACAACCCAGUCGAGAUCACUUGCCGCAGGACUCUCGAGCCCGGAGGUCACGCUCCCCAGUGGCAGUGGGACGUCAACACCAACGUCUUCGUCAAAGAGGGCACAUUCCUGGUUAGUCCGACGUCUGUGCUCCGCCUUCAUCCAAAAGAAGGCACGAAGGGCGUCUUCAUCUGCUACGACGGUCGAGAGGACGUCAUUCUUCGCCUCGAAGCCAGAGGUGACCGCUGCCCCAGCAUCCCGCUGUCGCGAGGCCUCAAGAUGCGCUCCAACUCCAUCAAGGCGGACUUCGCGUGCGAGUCGCCCGCCCUGCUGCAGGGGCCAGUGAGCGUUCGGUGUCAGCACUUCCGUCGCUGGGACAGGGAACCUCCGGUGUGCGUGUAUCCCGAAUGCGCCGCGCCCGUGGUCGACGAAAACGGCCAGGUCCGGGCCCCAGAGUUCCCUUGCACCUUGCCCGAGCUGUCCGGGGCCCUGGAAGCCUUCAGUGGGUUCCGCAAGGUCAGGUCCGGCGACGUGGUCGCUCCGGGCGAGAACGUGCGCUUCCACUGCGCUCCAGUCGGGGUCUUCAUGCUGGUCGGGACGUCGCAGCUGCACUGUGUCAAGGGCGUCUGGAGCGACCAGAUGCCCGUAUGCGCUUUCGGAGUCCCCAACAGCCUGGCAGUGACGAUGACGUCUCAGCACGCUGUGGCUCCCGGUGGCGUGGUGCACGUGCUGCCCUUCGCCCAAGUCGGACUGCGGUGCGUGAGCACCGACAAGAGCCUGCCGCCACAGUGGAUGCAUGACGGCGAAGUCAACGUCACAGCCAGAGAAUCCAGCGACAUGCUGAUGUCCACCAGCAUGCUGACCUUCACGGCCAAUCCGGGCACCGACGUCCGAUUCACGUGCACCUCUCACCCUGAGAGUCGGUGGGCCGACACACGUACGAUACACGUCAUGGCCACAGAACGUGCCUGUCCCGGGAUCUCCAGCACCCGGGGUUUGCGCGUGCGCGCCAACUACGACAUGGCAGUCUUCAGCUGCGACCCCCCGAGCCAGCUGAUCGGCGGGUCAUUGCUGCAGUGCCAGCCCUUCGGCCAGUGGGAUCUCCCUGUUCCGCGAUGCGUCUACCCGCACACGAAGAACACCACCUGCAGCGGUGGUACUGAGCCCGGCGGCGACCCUGACGCUCAAACAGAAUCCGAAGACGUGCCUGGGGACGACCGCAAAAGCCCAGUCGGUGCCGCUCCUAAACCCGACGUUGAGGUGGACACAGAGCUGAACCCAGACUUGGACCCUGUCGCCACUCCCGAGGACAGUCCUCCGCUGAAGCACGUGGCAAAGGUACCCAUGCGAGAACACAUGGAAGUCAUCGAGAGGAAAUAUGCGGCUAACAUGACCGACACCGGCGCAAGAGAACCCCCUAAGAAGAUCACGCUGAAGUGCCCUUCGCCCGACGGCACGUUCCCUUACCCAUUGCACUGCAGCAAGUUCAUGCAGUGCGUCUCGGGGGUGCCCCGCAUCCUGCAAUGUCCAGAAGGUCUGCUGUUCAGCCUGGACCUCCAGAUCUGCAGACGGAGCGCCCAGGAGCUGAAGGCAUGCAGGGACAGACAACGUUUGCUCUUGUUCGGGUUCAAAGAGGAAUAA